AUGAGCUCUGCGCCCAAGGUUCGUGUGAUCGUGCGUCUCCCGUAUAACCGCCCGGAAGACGCGCCCCCCGAUCCGCCCAAGAUAGAAUGGACUACAGAGAAGGAGAAUAUCCUUUGGGAGGUGAUAGCAAGGUCGCGUGCCGCAGACAGCGGCGGUACAGACUGGAAAGGAUUGGCCGCGCAUCUGCGGGUCCCCCUGCCGUAUCUGCUAUAUAGGGCACAGACGAGAUACGAGCAGGACCUGCGCGGGUUGCAGGAUAUCAAGGGGGCUUUGAGCCCAACCUCUGCUUGUCAGGGACCAAGCAAGAACACCGAAUACUUCCCGGAUAUUGUUGACAAGCCGUCUUUAGACCGCCGAGCCUCUAGUCGGGUGGGUGGCGGCAGGUUGUCAUCGUCGACGAGACUGUCCACGCCGAUUGGUGGACGUGCCCGUCUCAGCUCCCUGCCUUCGCGCGUAUACAAGACUUCCUCAUCGUCCACACUUACUCUGCGCGGGCCGAAGCGCAGCAACGCGCCUCUGAGCCCUCCCUCGCCUUCAGGUUCGUCUGAAGAUGAGGAAGACUCGGAGGAAGAAGCCGCCAGAGCCGAGAAGGCAGAGAGGGAAGCAGAGGAGCAGGAAGCGUUGGAACGCAAAUUACAGGACCUGCAGAGGAUGAUAACGAACGAUACUAUUGGCCUCAUCCGAUCACCCGUGUCUCCCAGUCGAGACAAGGGAAAGGAAGUGAAUCGCGGACGGAUAGGCCCCCUAUCUCCGAGGCUACACCCCGCUGAUUCUUCUUCCAGAGCGCCUCCUAGUGAUAGGAGCCAAAGUCUAUCAAGCGCGGGUUCUCCUCAAGGGUCAAUACCGUCGAUUCCGUCACCACCUCCAGAGUCUCGCCGUGGCUCACCGAUGGCUCGGCACAUGUCUCCCAGCAAGUCUACGAGUCCUCCCACCGUGUCGCACGGCAACGCGCGCGGGCAUCCUCACAUGCGGUACGCGACUAUGCCCGUGGUGGCGAAGAGGACGCCUAGUGAGAGGAGCAGCAAUCAUGGCUCGUCUGCGUCGAGUUUUAGCGAUCUAAGUGACGCGAGUCUUUCUGCUUCAGCCCUAGAGAGUGCCCUCAUGUCUAAUAUAAAGGGCGGUGGCUCGAAAUUCUCGUCCUUUGCGCGAAGCCACCUCUCUGGUCGGAAAGGGAUGCCACACUAAGCAGCUUGGAUGCGCUUCGAAACAGCUUCCAAGCCCUGAAUGCGCCGUAAUCCACGACGCGUACGCUUUUCUGAUUCAAAUGCGACACGAUUCUCAGUCGAUCUUCGAAUACCUGCACCAUUUCCUGUAUGUACACUGUGUUUUGUAUAGACGUAUUUCUUUGAAUGCCGAGCUCUUGUAGGUAUUGGCUGAUUAUUCCAACCGGAGAUCUAGACUCUUGUUCACCGACAAGA